AUGACUACCAACUCUGAGCAAGUGCCCUUGCUACGACCGGCGAAGCACGAGGAGGUCUACAAGAGGUUCAGUCCAGCGAAGAAGAGGGUGAUCGUGGCCAUUGCCUCGCUGACUGGUCUUCUAACUCCCUUCGAUUCAGGAACUUUCGUUCCUUCGAUUCCUCAAAUAGCCAAGGAUCUCAACUCAACAGGUGCAGUCAUCAGUCUCGCUGUAAGCCUCUUGGUAUUUGCCGCCUCGUUAGGCGCUCUCCUCGGCGCCUCAUAUUCUUCCUUUUAUGGCAGAAAGCCUGUAUACCUUACAGCAACACCUCUCCUCUUUCUUGGCUCGUUGGGAGUUGCCUCUGCCCAAACAAUACCCCAGCUGAUGGUGUGGCGGUUUCUGCAAGCCAUAGGCGCGUCUCCUGGGCUGGCUGUAGGCUUGGGUGUGAUUGGAGAUAUCUACAAGUUGGAGGAGCGCGGACAGGCUAUGGGGAUUUUUUUCUUGGCUACCCUGCUUGGUCCUGCGCUUGCUCCAUUGGCUGGAGGUCUUGCGGCACACUACUUCUCCUGGCGUCUAAUGCAACUUGGUCUCGGCGUCGUGAGCUUGGUCAUGUUCUUCUGCAUCCUUCUUUUCUUCCCAGAGACUUAUCACCCCGGCGAACGGGGCGUGGAGAAGGCCGGCUCAGCUUCCCUUCCAAGCUGGAGACCUAUCUUAAUCAAUCCCCUGCAACCACUAUGGCUGCUGAGAAGUCCGAACCUUCUGGCUGUUACUAUUGCCGGGUUUACGACGCUUUUUACUGAUUACGUGCUCUUGACACCGUUGGCUUACACUAUCGGAGCCCGCUAUGGCAUAACGAACGAAGCUUUGAUUGGCGCCUGUUUCCUCCCCGCCGGUCUCGGAAAUAUGAUCGGUGCGCCACUUGCCGGUCGCACGUCCGAUCAACUUGUCAUACGAUACCAGAAAGCGCGUGGCGGCGUCUGGUACCCCGAAGACCGCCUGCGCGCCACAAUCCUCGGCGCGCUUUUCCUCGUCCCUCUGUCCGUUUUAUUUUCUGGACUGUUGACGGAGUACAUUCAUGGGAGGGUUGGCCUGAUGUUGAACUUGAUCUGUUUGUUCAUGAACGGGAUCGGGGUCGACUUCGUCCUCAGCCCUUCAGCGGCCUACGUCGUAGACGUGAUGCAUUCCAGAAGUGCUGAAGCGAUGGCUGCGAACAAUGGCUUCCGCUCCAUCAUAAUGUCCAUUGCGAUAGCGUUCAUUCUACCAAUGGUGGAUAAGCACGGUGUUGCAGUUACGAACAGCAUUGCUGCCACGUUGAGCUGGAUUGGGUUCGGGUUCCUGUGGAUGACUAUUACGUAUAGUGAUCACCUUCGAGCGAUCAUGGACGUCGGAUUCUCGACUGAAGACAACAGUUAG